AUGGCGGGGAGCGGGACCGGGAGCGGGCCCGGGGAGGCGGCGGCGGCGCCCGUGAAGGUGCUGGCCGCGCAGCUGCGCGGGGCCGAGCGCGGCGCGGGCGGCGCGUGGCUGCUGCGGCGCGCCGGGCCGGGCCGCGGGCCGCUGCGCCUGCGGGCGCUCUGGAUGCAGGGCACCGUGGAGCGCGUGGAGCGCGGCGGCGGCGCGGCCCGCCUGCGCGACGAGAGCGGCGCCUUCACCGUGCUGGGCGUCGAGGAGGUGCCCAAGGGGCGGCCCUGCCUCAGCGCAGGAAAGUAUGUAAUGGUGAUGGGUGUGCUGCGAUCCUGCAGUCCUGAGCCGCUUCUUCGAGCCAUAAAGAUGACAGAUCUUUCUGAGAAUCCAGUGCAUCAGAGUAUGUGGACACUUGAAGUGGAGGAUUUGCACAGGAUCUUGCCCUAGGAGCUUUUUUUUUUUUUUCUUUU